AAUGUUGUCAGAAAAACCGAAGUCAUAAUUACUGUGACCGCAAGGGGUCACCGUAAGAGUUGUUGUUGUUGUCAGUUAAUUGUCAGAAGCGUAAACGAGAAACAAGUGUAAGUGAAAAUGAAACGUGUCCUUCGUUCUGAAAGUCAUCAUUGGCUUGUUGGAUCUACAAUCAGUGAAAUUCUUGGUUCAAAACUCCCAAUCAAUCACCUUAUUUUAAAACGUUAUCUUUUUAUAAGAGAUAAUAGUUGUGGUCCAUUUACUUCUACUGUUCGAGCCAUCGCCAAGAUUAUAUACGAUGAGAUUAUUUCUCGAUUUUGGAAACCAUCUCGAAUUCCCACUAAGCCUGAGAAGUCAUGUUUAGAUCAAAUAGUAAAACUUGUUGGGAAAUAUGAGACUUUGAAGAAAAUCCCCAAUAAUCGUCUGAAUGAUACUAAACCACAAGAAAGGAUACAACAGUUUGUCGGUAAUCUCAAAUGUCUUUUUGAUAUUUCUCACCCCAACACCUACGGAUUGUUAGAACAAUCAGGAAACACCCGAUCUGAGUCACCAAACACUGAGUGGAAAAUUGAUUGGGAUUUUCUAAUUGGACAGCGUCAGGUACCUCAGGUGGGGUGUAUGGAUGGAGUGGACAAGAUAUUGGAUGCAAAAGAAAGACAGAGAAAGGAAAGAGAAGAUUUAAUUGAACAAAGAAAACAAAAAGAACUUGACAGAAUCGCUCAGACAACAGCAGCAGAUGACAGCAUAGAUUCUUCAACUGAUGGUGAAGGAAAAAACAUCGUAGACCUGGAUUCUUCAUUUGAACAUGAAAUGAACUUUACAAGUGAGACUGACGUAGUGCUACAAAGAGAUUUAAUCACUCCGACAUCGAGUGCUGCUUUAAGGAUGGGCCUCUCUACUCGGCAACACACAGUAAUGCUGGCUUCUUUCGUGAACUCGGUUAGUGGAUCAACUCUAUCUAAUGUAACGUUGUCUGUCGGAAGUGUUCAUCAAAAAAGAUCCAAAGAGAUCGAGAGAAUCGCAAAAGAAGUGCGACAAAGCUACAUACCUCCUCGACAUGUGUUCUAUCUUCUUCUGGAUUGGCACAAAAAGAUGCCUGUAUCCAAGCUUACCGAAUGGAACCUCCAAGAUAACGUCGUCGCAGCCGUUUACGACACAACCGCCAGUAAUUCUGGUGCGUAUAAUGGAGCUACUGUAUUAUUAGAACAGGAACUCGGACAUCCACUCCUGAAUUGUCCAUGUCGUAGACACAUUGCCGAAUGUCACAUUAAAAGAACUCAGAAGAAACUUGGUGGUCCAACAACAGGCCCGACAUACAAGCUUUUUUCAAGAUUCAAAGACGAUUACAAUAGUUUUCAACCACUUAUUUCUCCAGAAGAAUACCAGACUUUGGACUAUGAUGAACUGAAUCCAUUCAUGACCUCUCAAGCGAAUGAAGUGAAGGAGUGGGCGGGAAACUGCUUGAAAAACGAUUCAUCUUUAACGUCGUCAGCGCCUUCUAAUGAUCUACGAUUCCUUUGCUUUAUGCAUCAAUACUCCUUAGUCGAUAAAGAAGCUGCAAAAGAAACGAUUCACUCCAUCAAUUUGCAUUUGGAUUACUUGACACAAGAACUUGUGCCUCUUGCACUUUUUGAUCCGAACCUUACAGACGAAGAUAAAAACAAAUUAGCUCACACUCUUAUAUCAACGAGUAGACCAACUGAAUUCGCUGUAGGGAAGCCGAAGCCACCAACAAUAAAUUGGCGUCCAGAUGACCAACCCACUCUAUCAGACCUUAUUGGAGAAAGGUCAUGGCUUUUAUUUCAUUUAUUGAAACUGAACAAACGCCAAGAAUGGAUGAUGGUGCCUUGUAAUUUGUGGAUUCAUUUUGAAGACUUUCGAGUGGCGAAGGAAUUCGUUGACUCGUUAAUAACAGUUAACGAUUGCGCAGAGAGGGGCAUCAAGCUGAUUGGAGACUAUAAAGACAGUUGCUUUGAAAAAGAAAGAGAGUCCCUUGCUCAGCUAGUUGAACAACACCGUUCCAAUUUCAGUAUCUCAAAUAUGAGUAAAGAAGCAAUGGAAAUGUUGUAAUAGUACAAAAACAAU